UCAAUUCGUUAUAGAUCAUCUUUUACACGGGGUUACCCCCACUAACAUUCAAUUCACCGGUAUAUAGGGCUGUUUAUAGUAUUACAUUUUAGGAUAUGGACUCGCAUCGUACACCCAACCUUAUUUGCAUCAUGCCCCACACUCGCUCAAUCCACGGUGCACAUUUGCCCAUCUUCAGACAGACACCUGCUUUUGCCGCCGUGCCGCCCAACUGCCAACAACGUGUCCUCCAAUGUCGUUGCCAGCGUCAAUCCAGACCCCCACGAUCUGGCAACACUACGCUGGCCCCAUCCACGCCACGGCAUGGGGCCCUUUCACGGAUGGCCUCGUCAUGUGACCCGUUAAUAAGCAACAUUCUAGAAUCAGGCCCCGCGACAUUGUUGGGCCAGUAGAAUCAUCCCUGCGUACCGGUCCGACAAAAAGUGCGUGGCAAGCGAAUUGCGAGGGGAACAACCUUGAUUGUUGUUGACGCUUGACGUCCAAAAGCGUAAUUGGAUCUCAACAAUAUCUUGUGCAAGAAACAGGCUAUUGUCCAUGAGUUUGUAG